GCGCGCGGUGAGUGUGCACGAGCCUCGGCGGCGCUCCCCGGGUUGGAGCCGGGCGGGCGGCCGGGAGCUCGGGAGGGGCGGGAGGCUGUCGGGCGCGGGGCUGCGGCGUCUUAAGCCUCCAGAGACUUGCCUCGCGCUGCUUGAGGCUCCAUUGCCGGCGGCUCUCCGACAGCCCCGCGCGCAUCCGAGUGGCGCCUGUGGGGCUUGAAGCGCUUCCAGUCGGGCCGGCGGAUCCUCCAAGCCUCUGGCGCGGCCACCGUGGCGGUCCUGCCCGCGUCCCCGCUUCUGUCUCGGCGGCGCCCGCGCUGCCCGCCUCAUGCUUACCUCCCCUCCAUCCUCGCUUCUGUCUCGCGUGCUCCCUGGAGGACGGCGCACCCGGGGACAUCCCAGGCCAAACGCUUUCAGGGAGGCAGUUGACUUUCCGAGGGCGGUGGCUUGGGUGAGGCUGUCAGCCUCCGCGGGUCAGGGCUGGGGUGCUCAGACUCCGACUCCCCUGCCUGGAGCGGUGUGGCGGGGAUACUGUCCCUGUGUCUGCGGUGGCAGGUGCUUGGCUCCAGCCGAUCGCCUGCCCGGUACCUGUUAGUUACCAUCGCCCACAUCCUCUAGUGACUAAAGUCCCAUUGCUGCAAGUUGCAUAAAGUUGCAAGCGCUUGCCUCGCACCCAGGUUCCCGAGGAGUACUCCAGUAUUCUAGUUUGUUCAGAGGAGGAACCCUGUGAUUAUGCCUUCAUUCACUGAGUGAGUGAGUCAUUACGGAAGACAGUUCUUGGUUGACACAGAAAUGAAGAGUACUUUGGCUGAAUCUUUAAGCAGAGGUGAUCAUUAUGACCCUGCUUUUUAAAUUGACCUACGUGACCAGCUCACUUGCUGUAAAAGAAGAAUCGGCCAAAGAGAGGGCUUUAAGGAGCUCCACAGGAGUGUAAGCACUGCUUCAGCAACAGAGCCUCAGGGCCACAUCUUGGGAAGAAUAUGGCCACUUCCUGGGGGGCCAUCUUCAUGCUGAUCAUAGCCUGCGUUGGCAGCACUGUCUUCUACAGAGAACAGCAGACUUGGUUUGAGGGUAUCUUCUUGUCUUCCAUGUGCCCCAUUAAUGUCAGUGACAGCACCUUUUAUGGAAUUAUGUUUGACGCAGGCAGCACUGGAACUCGGAUUCAUGUUUACACUUUUGUGCAGAAAACAGCAGGACAGCUCCCCUUUCUGGAAGGUGAAAUUUUUGAUUAUGUGAAGCCAGGACUUUCUGCUUUUGUGGAUCAACCCAAACAGGGUGCUGAGACUGUUCAGGAACUCUUAGAGGUGGCCAAAGGCUCGAUCCCCAGAAGUCACUGGAACAGGACCCCAGUGGUUCUGAAGGCAACAGCUGGACUGCGUUUGCUGCCAGAACAGAAAGCCCAGGCUCUGCUCUCUGAGGUAGAGGAGAUCUUCAAGAACUCACCUUUCCUGGUCCCAGAUGACAGUGUUAGCAUCAUGGACGGGUCCUAUGAAGGCAUACUAGCUUGGGUUACUGUGAACUUCCUAACAGGUCAGCUGCAUGGCCAUGGCCAGGAGACCGUGGGGACCCUUGACCUGGGGGGUGCUUCCACCCAAAUCACGUUUCUACCCCAGUUUGAGAAAACCCUGGAACAAACACCUAGGGGCUACCUCGCUUCCUUUGAGAUGUUUAACAGCACCUUUAAACUCUAUACACAUAGUUACUUGGGAUUUGGACUGAAAGCUGCAAGACUAGCAACUCUGGGAGCUCUGGAAGCAGAAGGGACUGAUGGACAUACUUUUCGAAGUGCCUGUUUACCAAGAUGGUUGGAAGCAGAGUGGAUCUUUGGGGGUGUAAAAUACCAGUAUGGUGGUAACCAAGAAGGGGAGAUGGGCUUCGAGCCCUGCUAUGCAGAGGUGCUGAGGGUAGUUCAAGGAAAGCUCCACCAGCCGGAAGAGGUCCGAGGAAGCUCCUUCUAUGCUUUUUCCUACUAUUAUGAUCGAGCCGCUGAUACACACUUGAUUGAUUAUGAAAAGGGGGGUGUUCUAAAAGUUGAAGAUUUUGAAAGAAAAGCCAGGGAAGUGUGUGACAACUUGGAGAGCUUCUCCUCAGGCAGUCCUUUCCUCUGCAUGGACCUCAGUUACAUCACGGCCUUACUGAAAGAUGGCUUUGGUUUUGCUGACAGCACCCUCUUACAGCUCACAAAGAAAGUGAACAACAUAGAGACUGGUUGGGCCUUGGGGGCCACCUUUCACCUGCUCCAGACUCUGGGCAUCACCAGCUGAGGCCAAGCACUCCUCUGAAGCCUGCAUUUCUGAACAAUAUUUUAACAGGAAGGAGUGGACUCAGACAUUGUCUGACCUUCUCUGGGAAAAGCCUGGACCGAAACCUGUUAACUGGCUUUAUAAGGAGGGGUUUUAUAGAUGAGUCUUGCCCUUGAGCCUAGUGAUUUGGGCUUAAAUAAUUUUGCACAUCUAAUGUGAAUGGCUCCUAACCACUUGGUGGGUGCAUAGCUGGCACCAGAGUGUAAAUCUUUUGAGAUUCUUUGUAUGUUACAGAAUCCUGCAAAGAAAAAAAAAAAAAAAAGGUUUGGAACUCCAUGUGAGAUUGUGAGUUCAGAGACAGGUCCCUGGGAACCAAAGAACAAUCUCAUUUCAACCCUUGGAUGCCUCGUUGCUUUGAAUGGUUUCAUUUUUGCUUAUAAGCUAAAUUAAGCUGAUUUACUGAGAUCCCAUAACCCAUCAAUACUGGUAAUUUUUUUCUUCCUAUCCUUAUUGUAUUCCCUACCCUAAAAACCAGGUUGCCCUGAAUUAUCAAUUCUCCUGCCUCAGCCUCCUGAACCUUGGAAUUACAGGUGUGAGCUAUUUUGGUUAAUCUUAUCAAGAUGGAGAGAGUAGUUCUUAACUGCCUAAAUUAGAGCUAUAAGCCAGGAGACCGUCUGGUCUUAAGGGAUAGCUGUUCCCAUUCUGGGCUUGCACAUUCAGCCCUAGAGAUGUGUGCCUAUCCAGUUCCAGCACUGCCUCCCAAGCUAGUGUGUUUAUAGAAUUAGACACGGCUCUGAACUGUGUACCCUUGUAUUUCUGUGUCAUACAUUUGUGCCCUUGUUUUUGCUCUGCGGUUAGAAGUUAGUGCGUGAGCUAUUUGUGUCUUAAGAUUACCAAUGCUUUCAGAUGUCCUUUUUGGGGCUGAGGUGUGAAAAGUGCUGGGGAUUGAACCCAGGACUCCUUGAAUGUUAAGCACAAUGUGCUAGCACUAUGCUUUUAUAGUAGUGUUUUCCUGCCUAGGCCCUUAUUUAGCUAUUUUCUGAGUUUAUUGUCUAGCUCAGAAUUUCAGAUCCCCUUUCCAAUGAUACCCAAAUUUGAUUUGAUUGGCUAUUUUGAUCCAUGUUGGUUCAGGUCAGAACAAAGAGUAGCAUUAGAGAACCAUGUUUUCUCUCCCAGGAUGUUUUCUGUGUUGCAAUUGAACACAGGUCGUCCUGCAUGCUAGGCACGGGUGCUCACCCUGCUGCAUUAUUUAGCCCUUUAAAGUCAAUAUCUUAAAGAUUUUAAACUUCGUCAUCAUGUUGUCUGUGGUAUGACAUCACUGGCCUGGUCUCCUGUUGCAGCACUUGACCCUUCCUCUUCUCCUUCCGGGAAGUUUUCGUUUUCAUAGUCCACUAAACCACAGUUGAGAGAGACACAAGCUGUUUCCCCAAGAGUAAGCUCUGCUCAUCAAAAAUGCCUUUACAACAGGCCUUAUGGCACAGGCCUGUGACCCUGGCUACCUAGGAGGAGUACAAGUUAUAGGCUUGCUAUGUAAGCAGUCUGAGUCUACUCUGGGCAACUUAAUGUAACACUCAACAAGUUCUACAGGAGAAGUCAGAAGACAGAGUUCAGUGGCAAAGCUAGUUGGCAUGUCAGGCCCUAGAUUCAAUCCCCAGCACUAAAGACAAAGCAGACAACUCCAGCUCUCUAUGGACACAACUGGUCUUUGUGCCUCCAACACAGGGGCGCUAUAAAGUACGUAGAGCUCUUAAAUACAUGGACUUUUACCUCAGAAAGUUAUCUGCAUAUAUCCUGUUGAUCUUCGAGUUUUUUUUAUUUUUGGUUUCUGGAGACAGGGUUUCUCUCUGUGUAGCUCUGGCUGUCUUAGAACUCACACUGUAGAUCUGCUGCCUCUAGUAUUAGGAUGAAAGGUGUGCACCACCCACCCGGUGAAUGGGCCUCUUUUACUAAGGGGCUUCUAUGUGUUCUGAAGUUCCAUCUCUGUGAAAACAUUAAUAUAUUUUAAAUACUUGGGAUGUGGUCUGGUACAUGGUGAAUGCUGUGUGUGUUAUCACUACUAUAUGAAGAACAUCUGAGCCACGGAAGUCCUGCAAAGUAUGCCUUAAAAUUCUCACCUUUUUAACUUUUUUUUUUAUACAUUGAAGUCAGUAUUCUUAUGAAGGCUCCCUUUUUGAAAAGUCCCCUUGUCCCGAGAGGCUCUGGCCAUCAUUUUUCCAGCGGCUGCCAUCUUUCAUUCUGGGAACGUUUUCUAGGCUUACUGACAUCAUUACUUUGUACUAAGUUUCCCACAGAGCUGCUCUGUAGUGACAGUUGUCUCCUCCCUUCAAAGCUAAUCCAAAACAGUUUCAAACUUUCAAAGGAUCUGCACCUUUUCAAAUAAACUUCUGGGCAUAACA